AUGAAAAGGACUACGAAAGAGAAGGAUAAGCCUCUUAGCAAAUAUCCUGCUGUGAUAAAUGACAUUUCAUUCUGGUUGCCCUCUGAAAAUUACACAGAAAACGAUUUUUAUGACUUAGUCCGAACAAUUGGAGGAGACCUGGUGGAAAAAGUUGAUCUUAUAGACAAGUUUGAACAUCCAAAGACACACAAGACCAGCCACUGCUACCGCAUCACCUACCGCCACAUGGAGCGGACCCUGUCGCAGAGCGAGGUGAGGCGUGUCCACCAGGCUGUGCAGGAGGCUGCGGUGCGGCUGCUGGCCGUGGAGGGCCGGUUUUGAUGUCACCUGGGCCUCUGCCCUCAGGUCUUCUGGAUUUGCUGAGAAAAAAAAGAUAUUGUUAGUAGACUGGGACAUCAGUCAGUUUUAGGACUUUCAGAAAAUAAAGGAUCGCCUUUGAGAAAUGGU